AUGCCUGUGGCAUGUCUAGAAUCUAUUCAUUCCACUGGCUUACCCUGGUUUGCUGCUAUUCCGCUAUCCGCUGUCUUGAUUCGCUCACUUGUCAUCUACCCGCUAUUCCAACGGCCUCUGCGUGAGAAGUUGGUUGACCGCGCCCAAACUCAGCCUCUGGUAGAUGCUCAUAUGACCACUGUGAGACGCGCGCUGCAAAGACAGAUCAACAAAAAUUCUCCCUUGAACAAGCUGAAUCUGGUCUUGAAUAAUUUCAUAAUCAGACGACGCAUUCAAGCAAACAUGUUUGGCCGCGUUUUACCUGUUGGCCAUAGGACUAUGAUGUUCCUGACGACAAUUCUGGUUUCUGAUGGCUUGAGGAGGAUCAUGGGUGCUAAGGCAGGCUUGGUGAAGUUUAUCUUGGGACCUUUGGACUGGACUUUGAGUUGGCUUGUUCCUUCUUCUCCGACCGAACCAACUCCUGGACACACAUCCGAGGCUGCGUCAGUCAUUUCUUCUCCUGGCCAGAUUCCGGACCAGGAGUCUGUCAAUCUUGUUGGGGUGCCGACAAGUGCUCAAGAUGUCUGGUCAGCUACCGAGACUACUCAAGAUACGGUGGGUGAUUUGGCACAAGAAGCAUCAACAGCAGUAGCAGAUCAUGUCAACUCUGCCUGGUUCGAUCCGACUCUUUUGACCGAAGGAUUCUCCUGGUGCCCCGACUUGACAGCCUCGGAUCCUACUCUGAUCCUUCCCGUCAUAUUCAGCAGCACCUUCUUCGCCAGCAUCUACUUUGCACCACGCAUACAAGGCACCGUCACCACAACAGGAGACAAAGCACAGAGCGAACGUGCAAAACCGACGAACGGACAGAGAAUCAUGAUGACCGUUGCAACACUGUCUAUCAUACCUGCUUUGCAGAUGCCUGCUGGUCUUUUGCUCUACUUUAUUUCCAACAUGGUUACCAACAACUUGCAAUCGCGUUGGCUCACCUACACAAAACCAAUCUACCCUGCACCGACUGCCUGCAGGCGACCUGUCAGAAUGCAGCGUAUCAAGGAGAUUGCAGAAGAUGUGCUGCCCAACAAGGCCAGAUCAACCUCAAGACGAUAG